AUGACUUUGGAUAGUGACGCAAAUGAAUCUGGGAAAAAGAAAACACCCAGUCAAACUAAAAUUAAAAAGGUCGUGGUCCAUCCACUCGUAUUAUUGGGAGUUGUUGAUCACUAUAGUCGAUCUGGAAAAGUCACCAGUGGUCAGAAGAGAGUUGUAGGUGUUCUUUUGGGCUCAUUAAAUGGAAGCAUUUUGGAUGUCAGCAAUAGCUUUGCAGUUCCUUUCGAAGAAGAUGCCACUGAUCCGGAUGUUUGGUUUCUCGACCACGAUUAUUUGGAAAGCAUGUUUACCAUGUUUAAAAAAGUUAACGCUCGAGAAAAGAUUGUGGGUUGGUAUCACUCCGGUCCUAAGCUUUGUACAAACGAUAUUAAAAUUAACGAACUUUUCCGGAAAUAUGCUCCGAACUCAGUUCUGGUAGUUGUUGAUGUCAGAAGGAAAGAAAUUGAUGGGCUACCCACUGAGGCUUAUAUCGCGGUUGAAGAAGUUCACGAUGAUGGAUCACCAACAACGAAAUCUUUUGAUCAUCUUCGAUCAGAAGUAGAUGCUGAAGAAGCUGAAGAAGUUGGUGUUGAACACUUACUGCGGGAUAUUAAGGAUACAUCACUUGGUUCUUUAUCACAAAGAAUCGGUUGUCAGUUAGAUGGAUUAUCCGGUUUAUUACGACAGUUAUAUGAAAUUCGUGAGUACUUGCAGUUGGUUUCUUCUGACAAGCUUCCUGUUAACCAUCGUAUAAUAUACCAGUUGCAAGAUAUUUUCAAUCUGCUUCCUGAUCUCAAACUGCAUGAUACAGUCCGUGCAAUUCACGUUAAUACUAACGACCAAAUGCUUGUUAUUUAUGUCGCUGCUAUAAUUAGAGCAAUACUUGCUUUACACGAUCUAAUUAGUAAUAAAUUAACGAAUCGUGAAACUGAGAGAAAUGAAGAAGGCUUGGGUGGUAAUACAGAGUCGAAAAAAGUUUCUAUUGGUUCUGUUGAUCAAAGUAAGCGUGCUACGCAUAAAUCUGACAACCUAGAUAAUGGAAAAGUGGAAAAUGGAGCAAAAUCAAAUGGGUUAGAUUCAUCAAGAAAGAAGACUGACAAAUAA